AUGCUUAAUACUCCUCGGCAUAACAAAGCUUUAUCCGAAGGAGAAGGAUAUGAGAGCGUAAAAAUCAAGCAAAGCCAAGCAAAUAAUAUGGAAACAGUGCUUAAUAAGAAAUUUUCCUGGAUUAGGAAAAGCUAUUUGAAAGGAUUAAGCAGAGAAAUCCAUAAAAGGAUGGAUUUUCAAUCUGACGAAAAAAUGCCUCACCCUGUCCUUAUGAAGAAAGAAAUAAAGGGAAUUGUGCCUGAUCUUCCAGAAAAAAGUAAAAUCAUAUUGGCGUCACCAAUUUCAAUAGAAUCAAAGCCUUUAUUGAUGGUCGGUUUUGAUAACAAAACGCUGAAACGGCCUAAUCUUCUGUCUUUGAAGGCAAAUGCUAAAAGCAAAACUCAUCACUCCCAUAGAAACUCAUCUUCAAUUGAUUAUACUAGCAAUGAAAAAACCAUUAAAAGCAAAGACUGCUCAUAUUUCACAAAAAGAAAUUUAAUCAUUCCAAAAAUUAAUAUUACAGAAUCACUAAAUAAAAGUGAUAUAACAAAUUCAAACAUUUCUGACUCAGCCAGACAUUUCCUUGAAUCAUAUCUUGCUUUUAAAUCAUCUGGCAAAAAAUAUAAUAAUUGUAAAAGAAAAUUGGUUACAUAUGAGACUGAAAAUAGUCUUAUAAUUGACUGUAGGAAAGAAAUAGAAAAACCAGAGUGAUCAGAGAGGAAUAAACUAAUUACUAGAGAUAUCGAAAUUCAAACCCAAGAAUUAAAUGAUGAUAAGGAGCCAGGAGAAUUUCUUACGUCUAGGAAUAUGGAAAUCCCCGUUUUCAUUAAUCGUAGUCAUGCUAGAUUGAAAAAAAUUAAAAAAAUAAAUAGAAAAAGUGCAUUUUUGUCAUCAGAAACAAAGCCAUUAAUGAAAACUCUUAGUAUGCAAAUUGAAAAUUUAUUAAGCCCUUCCAAUCAUAAUAAAAGUGAGCUUAUAGGAAUAGAAAAAAAAUUAAAAGCAUGCGUAAUACAAAUUGAAAGUAUACCAAAAGUCAAAAGCCCAAGAGCAAGAUCUGAAAAAAGGAGAAUUUUAUUAUAA